CGCAGAAACCUCUGGAAAAAGAAGGUAGCCGGACCCCUCGGCGCCUCAGGCGAGCAGUCCCAGAAUGCUCUGCGCCGCGUCCCGACCUGGACUCCAUUUCCCAGCGGCCACCGCGGCCGGCACUGGCUGCCCGCCCCAGCUCCGCUGCCCCUUUGUGAGUCCGCUCGUCUACCCCGGGAUCGAAUUCCUUCCCUGGCUCGCGGGGAUGCUGGGCCUCCGGCCUCUGCCCGCAGCGCGGAGGGAGGUGCCGACCCCCCGGCAGGAGGUGGUGAGGAGUCCCGGGUGGGCGGGCGUGUGUGUGAACGGGCCUGUCACCGCUUGAGGGAAAAAAGUGGGACCAGGGGCGAUCAUGUCUCUGUCUUCUCCAGACUCUGUCCUCCUGCCAGAGAGGAACCUGAAGCAAGAAGAUAGAGAACCUGUCAUAAAUUCUUAAGUUCUUAAAGCCAUGUCCAAGGAUUUGGUGACAUUUGGGGAUGUGGCUAUAGAUUUCUCUCAAGAGGAGUGGGAAUGGCUGAAUCUUGCUCAGAGGAAUUUGUACAGAAAGGUGAUGUUGGAGAACUACAGGAACCUGGUGUUACUGGGAGUCUCAGUUUCUAAGCCAGAGGUGAUCUCACUGUUGGAGCAAGGAAAAGAGCCCUGGAUGGUGAAGGAGGUGGGGACAGGAGGCACAUACUCCGAUUGGGAGUAUGCAUUUAAAAACAGUGAAUUUUCAUCAAAACAAGUUAUUUAUGAAGAAUCAUCCAAAGUAAUGAGAAUGGGAAGAAGCCAUUUUAGUUAUAAUCUUGACUGUUCUAGUUUAAGAGAAGACUAUAAAAGUGGGGACUGGUUUAAGAACAAGUUGGAAAGUAAGGAGGUCCAUCCUAGUCAACUGAUCAUCACUCAUAAAGAAAUCCUCACUGAAGAUCAAAGUAAUGAAUACACUAAAUCUUGGCAAAGUUUCCACCAGGAUGCAGUAUUUGCUAUAAAACAGGGUUUUCCCACCAAAGAAAGAGUACAUAAGCAUGAGCCACAAAAGAGAAGUUACCGAAAAAAAUCUGUUGAAAUGAAACGUAAGAAAGUCUAUGUAGGAAAGAAACUUUUGAAAUGUAAUGAGUGUGAGAAAGUCUUCAACCAGAGUUCAUCCCUUACUCUUCAUCAGAGAAUUCAUACUGGGGAGAAACCCUAUGCCUGUGUUGAAUGUGGGAAAACCUUCAGCCAGAGUGCAAACCUGGCUCAGCAUAAGAGAAUACACACUGGGGAGAAGCCCUAUGAAUGUAAGGAAUGCAGGAAGGCCUUCAGCCAGAAUGCACACCUUGCUCAGCACCAGAGAGUUCACACUGGAGAGAAACCUUAUCAGUGUAAUGAGUGUAAAAAAGCCUUCAGCCAGAUUGCCCAUCUGACUCAGCAUCAAAGGAUCCAUACUGGAGAGAGACCAUUUGAAUGUAUUGAGUGUGGUAAGGCCUUUAGUAAUGGCUCAUUUCUUGCUCAGCACCAGCGAAUUCAUACCGGAGAGAAACCUUAUGUAUGUAAUGUGUGUGGGAAAGCCUUCAGCCAUCGUGGUUACCUGAUCGUACACCAGAGAAUUCACACCGGAGAGAGACCAUAUGAAUGUAAGGAAUGCAGGAAGGCCUUCAGUCAGUAUGCACACUUAGCUCAACACCAGAGAGUUCACACUGGAGAGAAACCAUAUGAGUGUAAAGUGUGUAGGAAAGCCUUCAGCCAGAUUGCAUACCUCGAUCAGCAUCAGAGGGUCCAUACUGGAGAGAAGCCCUAUGAAUGUAUCGAAUGUGGGAAAGCCUUUAGCAAUAGUUCGUCGCUGGCACAACAUCAGCGAAGUCACACUGGAGAAAAACCUUACAUGUGUAAGGAAUGUAGGAAAACGUUCAGUCAGAAUGCAGGCCUUGCUCAGCAUCAGCGAAUUCACACAGGAGAGAAGCCUUAUGAAUGUAAUGUGUGUGGGAAAGCCUUCAGCUACAGUGGCUCUCUCACUCUGCAUCAGAGAAUUCACACUGGAGAGAGGCCCUAUGAAUGCAAGGACUGCCGGAAAUCUUUCAGGCAGCGUGCACACUUGGCUCAUCAUGAAAGAAUUCAUACUAUGGAGUCAUUCUUGAGUCUCUCCUCUCCCUCACCCUCCAUGUCCAGUCAGUUGCCAAGACCUGUAGGUUUUAUCUCUUAAAUAUGCCUUGAAUCUCACUCCUUUAAUCAUUUUCACCUUUGUCCAGUACACAAUAAUCUACUUGACAUGGACUAUGGAAAUAGCUUUCUAACAGGUUUCCAGUAUUUGCCACUUAGUCAGUUGUCCACAUUGCAGACAAACUUGUAUUAAAAAUAGUUUGAUCAUAUCUCAUUAAAACCCCUCAGCGGCAUCCCAUAGUUCUUAAGGUUAAAGCACACAUUCCUCAAAAUAGCCUAAAAGACCUUCCUCCAAUACCUUGUUCCAGUCUACCUUAAAAAGUCCCAUCUUGUGCCAAUAUCCACCUCAUUCUUUGGAGACUUGUCCAGAAUUAUAAACUCAUAUUCCAGCAUCAAGUAGAUCUUGGUUCUAAUCUUCGCUCUUCCAUUUUUGCCCUCUAAUUUUGGAGAAACAUUUUGUCUUUCGUGAGCUUCAGUUUUAUUUAUGUUAUGGGAAUAAUAAUGGUACUACCUCGAAAGUUAAUGGGAGCAUUAAGUGAGAUGAUGCAUGUGAAUUUCUCAGCAGAGUGCCUGACAUAAAGCAUUCACUCAGUAAACAUUAAUGUAAAAUAAAACGAUACCAUGCUAUACAAAGAAAACAUGAUCAUUUUGACAAUGAUUAGCUGAGAAAUAAAAGCAGCAG